UUGUGGGGGAAGAUGGCGACACGUAUCAUCUCUGCUGAUUGGAUCAAAAACUGGGAAAAAUCUGGAAAACACGAGUUUGUACAACUAUGUAAGAAUCUUGCAUACAAAACAAAUGACAGCACAAUAAAAGAUAUACAGGCAGCUUUGUAUGAACUCUGCUGGCAUGUCAUACAGGGGAACUUCAAGCUGGACCUUUCUGCUAGCGUCCUCUGUGACAUGAUGGAUCUGCGGGAUGACAUGCCAUCCAUUUUAGCAGAUGUUUUCAGUAUACUAGACAUAGAGACCAGCUCUUUAGAGGAAAAAAACAAACGUGACCAUUACACCCAGCUAGUGGGAGCGUGUCUGUUCUUUGUGCCAGAUGCCAUCCUGAAGGAGAGGCUGGAUCCAGAGACCCUGGAGUCCCUGGGACUCAUAAAGCAAGCUCAUCAGUUCAACCAGAAAAUCGUAAAAAUCAAGACCAAACUAUUUUACAAGCAGCAGAAAUUCAACUUGCUGAGGGAAGAGAAUGAGGGCUAUGCCAAGCUGAUCACAGAGCUGGGCCAAGACCUCUCAGGCAACAUCACCAGCCACAUCGUCCUAGAGAGCAUCAAGUCCCUAAUAGGAUGCUUCAACCUGGACCCCAACCGCGUUCUGGACAUCAUCCUGGAGGUGUACGAGUGUCGCUCUGACCAAGAUGAGUUCUUCCUGCCCCUCAUCAAGUCCUACAUGUGUGAACCCCUCACCCUCUGCCACAUCCUGGGCUUCAAGUUCAAGUUCAACCAGGAGCCAAAUGAGGAGACCCCCACGUCACUCUACCACAUCGCUGCCGCCCUCUUGCAUCACAACCUUAUAGAGCUGGAGGACAUCUAUGUGCACCUGAUGCCACUGGAUGUCAGCAUUGUAGAGGAGCACAAGAGAGAAAUCACAGAGGCCAAGCAGAUCGCCCGCAAGCUCACCAUGGUGGUGGUGCCCUCCGAGAAGACUGAGGACAAGGAGAGAGAGAAGGAGAAAGAGGAGGAAAAGAAUGACAAGGCUCCUGAUAACCAGAAACUGGGUCUGUUGGAAGCGCUGCUGAGGAUCGGAGACUGGCACCAUGCCCAAAGCAUUAUGGACCAGAUGCCCUCCUUCUACGCCACCUCUCACAAGGCCAUUGCUCUGGCACUUUGCCAGCUGCUGCAUCUGACUGUGGAGCCACUGUACCGCAGAGCCGGGGUCCCCAAAGGGGCCAAGGGAUGUUUGUUGAGGCCCCUGAAGAACAAGCGGGCCCCCAGGCCUGCCGAGAGCUUUGAGGACCUGCGCAGGGACGUGUUCAGCAUGCUCUGCUACCUGGGGCCCCACCUCUCCCAUGACCCCAUCCUCUUUGCCAAGAUAGUACGCCUGGGCAAGGGCUUUAUGAAAGAGUACCAAAGUGAGGGUAGAAAUGACAACGUCAAGGACAAAAUGGACACAUUGCUGAGUUGUUUCCUGAGCAUUGCAGACCAGGUGCUGCUGCCCUCGCUCUCUCUCAUGGAGUGUAACGCCUGCAUGUCAGAGGAGCUCUGGGGCCUCUUCAAACUCUUCCCCUACCAGCACAGGUACCGGCUAUACGGGCAGUGGAAGAAUGAGACUUACACAAGCCACCCACUUCUGGUCAAGGUCAAAGCUCAGACUGUGGACAGAGCCAAAUACAUCAUGAAGCGAUUAACCAAAGAGAAUGUGAAACCAUCUGGGCGCCAGAUAGGCAAGCUGAGCCAUAGCAACCCCACCAUCCUCUUUGACUAUAUCCUGUCUCAGAUCCAGUGGUAUGACAACCUCAUCGGUCCAGUGGUAGACUCCCUUAAAUACCUCACCUCACUCAACUAUGACGUCAUGGCUUAUUGCAUAAUUGAAGCGCUGGCAAAUCCAGAGAAAGAGAAGAUGAAGCAUGACGACACUACGAUCUCCUCCUGGCUUCAGAGCCUGGCCAGUCUGUGUGGAGCGGUAUUCAGGAAAUACCCAAUUGAGUUAGCUGGCCUCCUCCAGUAUGUGACCAAUACGCUGAAAGCAGGGAAGAGUUUUGACCUGUUGAUUCUGAAAGAGGUGGUGCAGAAGAUGGCCGGGAUCGAGAUCACUGACGAGAUGACAUCAGCGCAGAUGGAAGCUAUGACUGGAGGGGAGCAACUCAAAGCAGAGGGUGGUUACUUUGGUCAGAUCCGUAACACUAAGAAGUCGUCCCAGCGUCUAAAGGAUGCCCUGUUGGACCAUGAUCUGGCACUGCCCCUCUGUCUCCUCAUGGCCCAGCAACGCAACGGGGUGGUCUUUCUGGAGGGGGGUGAGAAACACCUCAAACUGGUGGGCAAGCUGUACGACCAGUGUCACGACACCCUGGUGCAGUUUGGUGGCUUCCUGGCCUCCAACCUGAGUACUGAGGACUACAUCAAGCGUGUUCCCUCCAUUGACAUCCUCUGUAACCAGUUCCACACUCCCCAUGACGCUGCCUUCUUCCUCUCACGCCCCAUGUAUGGACAUCAGAUCCUGUCUAAGUAUGAUGAGCUGAAGAAAGCCGAGAAGAGCAACCGGCAGCAGCAGAAGGUCCAUAAGUACGUGGCUGCGUGCGAGCUGGUGAUGUCGCCGGUGCACGAGGCCGUGGUGUCCCUGCACCCGCCCCGUGUCUGGGACGACCUCCGACCCCAGUUCUACGCCACCUUCUGGUCGCUGACCAUGUACGACCUGGCCGUGCCACACAACGCCUACGACCGCGAGGUGAAGAAGCUCCAGGUCCAGGUCAAGGCCAUCGAGGAGAACCCUGAUGUGCCAAUGAACAAGAAGAAGAAGGAGAAGGAGCGCUGCACGGCCCUACAGGAGAAGCUGCAGGAGGAGGAGAAGAAACAGCUGGAGCACGUCCAGAGGGUCCUGCACCGCCUCAAACUGGAGAAGGACAACUGGCUCCUCGCUAAAUCCACCAAGAAUGAGACCAUCACUAAGUUCCUGCAGCUGUGUCUGUUUCCUCGCUGUAUCUUCUCUGCCAUCGACGCUGUGUACUGUGCCCGCUUUGUGGAGCUGGUGCACCAGCAGAAGACCCCCAACUUCUGCACCCUGCUCUGCUAUGACCGGGUGUUCUCUGACAUCAUCUACACGGUGGCCAGCUGCACGGAGAACGAGUCGCGACGCUACGGACGCUUCUUGUGCUGCAUGCUGGAGACGGUGACCCGCUGGCACAGUGACCGAGCUGUCUACGAGAAGGAGUGUGGUAACUACCCAGGCUUCCUGACCAUUUUCAGAGCCACAGGCUUUGACGGAGGGAACAAAGCAGACCAGCUGGACUAUGAGAACUUCAGACAUGUGGUGCACAAAUGGCACUACAAGCUGACAAAAGCAUCAGUCCACUGCUUGGAGACGGGGGAAUACACCCACAUCCGGAACAUCCUGAUUGUGCUGACCAAAAUCCUGCCCUGCUACCCCAAAGUGCUGAACCUGGGCCAGGCACUCGAGUGCCGUGUCCACAAGAUCUGUCUGGAGGAGAAGGAGAAGAGGCCAGACCUCUAUGCCUUGGCCAUGGGCUAUUCUGGCCAGUUGAAAGGCAGGAAGGCGCACAUGGUUCCUGAGAAUGAGUUCCACCACAAGGAGCAGCCGGUGAGGAGCGCCACCCCUGUCAGCCAGCAAAACGGCCCUGGCACCACGGCCAAGCCUGCCACCAACGCCAGCAAGACGGAGGAGGGCGUCAGUGAGGACGCCGAUCGAGCCAAGGAUAAAUCUCAGGGUGCAGCGAAGCCAGUGAACAAAGCCAACAGCACAGCGGCCAAAGUGACCACCAGCAACGGGAAUGGGGCUCCUAACAGCACCAAAACCAUCAAAGAGAGGGAUGACAAAGAAAAGAGCGGGAAGGAGAAAAAAGAGAAAAAGGAGAAGACUCCAGGCAGCACUCUAGAGACCAAGGGGGAGAGCCGGCGGGAAAAGCAGAGAGACGAGAGAGGAGCAGGCGGCAAGGAGGAGCGGGCACCACGCGAGGGUAAGGAGAAGACGCCCAAGGCAGACCGGGACAAGCAGAAGGCGGAAGAGAAGAGCAGCAAAGAGGACAACAAGGCCAAGGCUGGCAACGGAGAGCCCAAGGAGCCAUCCAGGGAGCGUGACACUGGAGCCAAGGAGACUAAGAGCAAAGAGAAGGGAGGAGACAGGAGUGCCAUGUCCGGAUCCCUCAAGUCUCCAGUUCCCCGAUUGGAGUCUGCUGAAUCUGAGAGGGAUCACAAAAGGCGAAAACUGGAGACCCACACUUCACCAUCCCAUUCCUCCUCUGUUAAGGACAAUAGCAACGAACCCAAGGACUCUGCAUCCAAGCACCACAUCAACUACAAUUCGGUCGCGCGGUCCAAGAGCAGAGAGAGAGAGACGGACAAGAAAGAGUCUGAGAAUGCCCGGGGCCGUUCCAAAGAGAAGAAGACUGAAGACAAAGACAGAAAGGACAGGAAGAGAGAUCAUAUGACCACUGACCGUGAGAUGAGCCUAGAAUCCAAACGCAGAAAAGAUGAAAAUGGAACCAAUUCCUCCAACAAACACAGCAAGAGUGCCAGUCCCUCCUCAGACUCCCCGGUCUCGGCUGACAAAGAGAAGACCAAGAGGUCAAAGUCCUCUAGCAAGGAGAAGGGAGAGUCUGCUAAACCUGAGAGAAACUCCUCCGGUGGCAAGAAGGAGUCUAGGCACGACAAAGACAAAUCUGACAAGAAGGAAAAGAGGGACAGCAGUGGUGGAAAGGAUGAGAAAAAACAUCAUAAGUCUUCUGACAAGCACAGAUAAUGUGUUAUAGUUCAGUCAGUGAAGCAGACCUGGAGAAGCCGUGCUUUCCCCUAGACAGACAGACAGACGGAGAGACAGACAGUUAUCCUCCCUCCCUCCUGUACCAUGCUGUUAGCUAGUGCUCUGUUUUCUCUGCCUUGUGCAGUCUGAGAUGAGGCCGCAUCUGAAAUGUUACUCUCAUUUCUGCCUGUUUCUGUUGUAACUGUCUGCAAGUGAUGUUAGUUUUAGUGUUUGAAACUUGCAGAUCUCUUUAUUUUUUAUUUCAAUUUAUUUCAGUAACCAACUGAAAGUGAGUAUUUUUUUUACUUUUGAAUAUUGGCACAAUGUGCUAUUCAAAUCACGGAAUGUUAUUCUACUCAGAAAUUAAACUGGUAACUGUAUGAAAUGCUCUCGAAAGCAUCAGGUCAUACAGUCGAUAAUCACAAAUGCCUGAUGGAAAAAAAUUACCGGUUUCAUGUUGUCAGGCUCCUCCCUCUUUCUUGUUUUAUUGGCAUUAAUAGACACGCUCCAUAUUUGCAUUUACCUCAUUUAGUUACAUGUCUAUUUUAUUUAUCCUCCUUUUAAUCCAGCCAAGUCUUUAGGCAUGUAUUGAGUGAAAUGAUACAAAUGACCAGUUUGUAUAUUAUGUGUACAAUAAUAAAGGUAACAUGUAAGUCAUAUCUGUUAUGUUUAUUUUUCGAUGUCCCCUUGCUAUGUUCAUUAUGCGAUUGUGUGUUAUCAGGUUUUUAAAUCAUUUGUAAAAUGACAGUUCCUCCUUGAAGCCAAUAAAAAAAAAUGUAAAAAUUUAGAAAGCUUUGUACUCCAAAUACAAAUGUUUCAGAAACAACCUUUUUUGGAGUUUUUAUCUGCUGUACUCGACAAGUGUAUGCAUUUUUUAACUAAUAAAUGAUAGUUUUCCUAGUGA